CUCUUCGUUCAGAGCAUGCGCAGUUGCUGACAAGCCGGGGCAAUGAAUCCAAGAUGGCGGCGGCGGCGGCGGAGGCUCCGGCCUGGUCAGUGCCGCUGGAGCACGAGAGCCAGAUCCUGCUGGACCUCUUCGAGCAGGACGGGCUGGUCAUCUGCGGGAAGGGCCUGGGCGUCGACCGCCUCCUCCUCCGCCUCCUCCGCCUCUACUGCGACCCCGCCAGGCUGGUCCUGGUCCUCAACACCAACCCUGCUGAGGAGGAGUUCUUCAUUGACCACUUGAGGACCGAGAACGUGGCUCACCUCCCUCAGCGCGUCACGAACGAAGUUGCCAGCAACCGGCGCUACCAGGUUUACACCGGAGGAGGUGUCCUCUUCGCCACCAGCCGCAUCCUGGUGGUGGAUUUCUUGACGGACAGGAUACCUGCCGACCUGAUCACUGGCAUUUUGGUGUACAAAGCCCAUCGGAUCAUUGAGUCUUGCCAAGAAGCCUUUAUCUUGCGGCUGUAUCGCCAGAAGAACAAGCAGGGGUUCAUCAAAGCCUUCACAGAUAAUGCUGUUGCUUUUAAUACUGGCUUUUGCCACGUGGAAAGAGUGAUGAGGAACCUCUUUGUGAGGAAACUUUUCCUCUGGCCAAGGUUUCAUGCCGUGGUGCACUCCUUUUUAGAGCAGCACAAGCCGGAGGUGGUUGAAAUGCAUGUCACGAUGACUCCAGCCAUGCGCGCCAUCCAGAGCUCCAUACUGGACAUCCUGAAUGCAUGUGUGCGAGAGCUGAAGCAGUGCCACCCUGCUCUGGAAGCAGAGGAUUUGUCGCUAGAAAAUGCUAUUGGCAAGGCAUUUGACAAGACAAUUCGUCACUACUUAGAUCCACUUUGGCACCAACUUGGAGCGAAAACCAAAUCCUUGGUCCAAGAUCUGAACAUCCUCCGUACUUUGCUGUGGUAUUUGACUCAAUAUGAUUGCGUCACUUUCCUGAACCUUCUGGAGUCCUUACGAGCAUCAGAAAAAGCCUUUGGUCGUAAUUCAGGUUGGCUUUUUCUUGAUUCUAGUACAUCAAUGUUUCUAAAUGCUCGAUCUAGAGUUUAUUGCCUUCCAAAGGGAAAAGGAAAUAAAAAAAGAAAAGCCUCGGAUCAAACAGAUGUAAUGGAAGAAAGGGAACAGAAAAGGGAACUGGUCUUGGAAAGUAACCCAAAGUGGGAAGCACUCACAAAUGUACUGAAGGAGAUUGAAGCGGAGAAUGAAAACAGUGAAGCUCUGGGUGGGCCAGGGCGAGUGCUUAUCUGUGCCAGCGAUGAUCGCACCUGUGCUCAGCUCAAAGAGUACAUCACAGUUGGAGCUGAAGCUUUUCUAACGAGGCUCUACAACAAAACAUUUGGAAAAGGCAAAGAGGGAGCUGAUGCCUGCCUCAAGGACAGGCUAGCAACCAAGUGCCAGGGAGAUGAUUCCAGAAAACUUGGGCCCAAGGAAGCCAAAGCAGAGUCUUCCAAGUCAAGGAAGAGGAAAAGGAUGCCAGCACUCACCCUGACACAAAUGUUGUGCAAAGAAGAGCAAGAAAACAUCGCAGAGGAGCAAGAAGACUCCAAGGAAUUAGGCAGCAGCCAAGGGAACAGCAACAACGAAGCCAAACCUGACUAUGUCCAACUGAACCUUUCCUCCUCAGAUGGCUUUUAUGGGAUCUUAAAGGAACCGCUAACUCUUAUUCAUCCACUGAAUGGUGGUGGAGACCCUUAUGCCCUCACACGUAUUUUACACGAAGUGGAACCUAGAUAUGUUGUGCUAUAUGAUGCAGAGCUGACCUUUGUUCGCCAACUGGAAAUUUACAAGGCAAGCAGACCUGGAAUACCUUUGAGGGUUUAUUUUCUUAUCUAUGGAGGUUCGACAGAGGAACAGCGCUAUCUUACCACACUAAGGAAAGAAAAGGAAGCCUUUGAAAAACUUAUUCGAGAGAAGGCCAACAUGGUUAUCCCUGAAGAAAGAGAAGGGAGAGAUGAAACAUGUUUGGAUUUGGGAAGAGAUGCUACGCCUGCUUCUCUUACUAAGGACACUCGGAAAGCAGGUGGCCAACGACAGGAAAAUGUACAGCAAAGCAUUGUUGUGGACAUGCGUGAAUUCCGCAGUGAACUUCCAUCUUUGAUUCACCGCCGCGGCAUCGACAUUGAACCGGUAACCUUGGAAGUGGGUGACUACAUUCUCACACCUGACAUUUGUGUGGAGCGAAAAAGUAUCAGCGAUCUAAUUGGUUCCCUGAAUAACGGCAGGCUUUAUUCCCAGUGCGUUUCCAUGUCUCGUUAUUAUAAGUGUCCUGCCCUUCUCAUAGAAUUUGACCCCAACAAAUCCUUUUGUCUCACUCCUCGGGCCUCUCUGUAUCAGGAGAUAUCCAGCAGUGAUAUUGCUUCAAAACUUACUCUUCUGACCCUUCACUUCCCUCGGCUUCGUCUCCUUUGGUGUCCCUCUCCUCAUGCCACUGCUGAAUUGUUUGAGGAAUUGAAACAAAACCGACCACAGCCUGAAUCGGCAACAGCCAUGGCCAUCACUGCAGAUUCAGAAACCCUUCCUGAAUUGGACAAAUAUAAUUCAGGUCCCCAAGACUUCCUCCUGAAACUUCCAGGUGUGAGCGCCAAAAACUGCCUGACCAUAAUGAAUCGUGUUAAGAAUGUUGCAGAACUCAUAACCUUUUCUCUGGACAAGCUGACGGAACUCCUGGGCAACACGGCCAGUGCCAAGCAGCUUUAUGAAUUCAUCCACUUGCCCUUUACAGAAGUCGUUCCACAAGGGAAAAUAAAGAGAUGAUGAAUUGUUUUAAGCCCUUGAGGAUUUAUCAUAUUGACACGUUUUAAUUAAACGUGAUCAUGUCUUAGGACUGGUGUAUCUUCCAGAAAAAAAACUAUGUGCAAUAAUCUUAAAACUGUACCAUUUUGGGAUUUACGUGAUGGUGUUUACAUGUUUUAAUGUUUUCCGAUACUAGCCACUCACUGCCUUCUCCUUGUUCUGCUAGCUUAUAGCACGAAGGAGUUUAUUCUUAAUGUGAUGGAGUAGGUUGACAGUAUGAAUUUUCUCUUUCACCAUAUUCUCUUUUAGGAUGUGAAAUCUGUCUCUGAUUUAUGACCUGCCCUGGAAGUAUUUAAUGGAGUGUGAAGGAUCAUAUCAUUAUCCUACAAACCAAAAUGGUUUAUUACAGGAAUAUUUUGUAUGUUAGGCACACUUUGUGAAUAUAUUCAUUGCUGGUACUUUCUCUCACCCACAAGCUUUUUGCCAAUAUUUUAUUUAGCACAGGGGAAGAGUUCUUUUAAAAAUCUCAAUUUGUCCUGGAACUUAUAUAACACAAGUGCUGCAAUAAACCUUAAAUUAACUACUGCGUAAAA